AUGCCAGUGAAAGAUUACAAAAUAGUCGUGCUUGGGAGUGGUGCCGUCGGGAAGUCCUCAAUUACAGUCAGGUUUGUCCAAGGUAUUUUCUUGGUUAAAUAUGACCCCACCAUCGAAGACUCUUACAGAAAACAGUUAGAGCAUGAGGGCCAACAAUACGUCCUUGAGAUUCUUGAUACUGCUGGUACUGAGCAGUUCACUGCCAUGAGAGACUUGUACAUGAAGACUGGACAGGGCUUUGUUUUGGUUUACUCCAUCAUUGCUCAGUCCACAUACAACGACCUUGAGCCAAUCCAUGAACAAAUUGUCCGUGUCAGAGAUUCCGAUGAUGUUCCUAUUAUUGUUGUCGGAAAUAAAUGCGAUCUCGAAAGUCAGAGAAUUGUGUCAAAAGAAGACGGCCAGGCGUUGGCAGACAAGUACAAAGCCGACUUCCUCGAGGUCUCUGCAAAGGCUGAGAUUAAAAUAUUGGACAUUUUCACAACGCUCAUCAAUAAAAUUAAUUCACACGCCAAGCCCGAGAAGAAAAAGUCACACUGUGUCAUGUUUUAA